GCAGCAGCAGUGGCGGCGGCGGCGGCGGCGCAGGCGGCGGCAUUAGCAGCAGCGGCAGCAGCAGGAGGAGGAGCAGCGGCGGCGGCGGCAGCAGCAGCAGCGGCCCAGGCGGCGGCCCCGGCCCGGAGGAGCCAGACACAAAGAGCCAGCGAGACUGAGAAAGAAGGCAACACCACCCCCAAGAAGAAGGAGAGCAAAGUCAGCAUGAGCAAGAACUCCAAGCUCCUCUCCACCAGCGCCAAGAGAAUGGCAUCUCAUUCCUUGCUUGGCUUCCCGAGGGUCCACCACGGUGCCGGGCACAGGAUUCAGAAGGAACUGGCCGACAUCACAUUAGACCCACCUCCCAACUGCAGUGCUGGUCCCAAAGGCGAUAACAUCUAUGAAUGGAGAUCAACUAUUCUGGGGCCUCCAGGAUCAGUCUAUGAAGGGGGGGUCUUCUUCCUUGACAUAACCUUUACACCAGAAUAUCCCUUCAAGCCUCCAAAGGUUACGUUCCGGACAAGAAUUUAUCACUGUAACAUCAAUAGCCAAGGGGUGAUCUGUUUGGAUAUUCUGAAAGACAACUGGAGCCCGGCCCUCACCAUUUCUAAAGUGCUUCUUUCCAUCUGUUCCUUGCUCACUGACUGCAACCCUGCUGACCCCUUAGUGGGAAGUAUCGCCACGCAGUACAUGACCAACAGAGCAGAACACGACAGAAUGGCCAGGCAGUGGACCAAGAGAUACGCGACAUAAAUUGGGUUUUCACCAAAUUCACAUUAAUUGUCUGUGAUGGAAAGAGCUGCUUAUGAUUUUGACGGGGAGGGGGGAGGGGGGAGCUGAUAAAAGAGUAGGGUAUUUCUAUAACAGAUUUUAUUCAGUCUUUUAUUUCCUAAGAUUUUUGUUGUUGUAACUUAAGGUAUCUUGCUACAGUAGACAGUUAGAAUUGGUAAUAGCAUCUCUUAAGACUGUCCUUAGUUCUGCAAUAUGAGCAGAAUGUACACGUUAGACAUUUGGGUUCUGUUGCUUGCAAUAUGUAAAAGAUUUAAAAACAGCUUCAUUUUGUACAGAUACAUAUGGCAUUUAUGUAAAGUCCUUCCAAGACUACCGGGUUUUUUUUCUUUUCUUCUUUUUUUUUUGUAAAAAGAUGUUGGUUUCUCCCCCUCCCCCCCCAUGAGAGCGAACAUUGAUAUUUAACAAUUGCUUUUUAGAGAUUGUCAUCUCAUGAUAUAUAAUAUGGCCAAGUGGAUAUACGGCACCAUUAUAGGAAAUGAGCAGUUAAUGUGUUUUAUGUUAUAUGCCAAUCCACUUUAGUGUGAAAAGAUUAGAGGUUUUAAUCAGGACUUACAGGAACCUGUAGUGAAAUACCUUAAGCUGUUUAACUGUACGGCGUGGAAUAGGAGUCACUCAGUGGAUUGGUGAUAUGUUGUGGGCUACUUUGGUCUGCAUUUGUUACUGUGCUAAUAAAAAGCUAUUAAAAAACAA